AUGUACAACUUUCUAAAUGAGUUCGACUGGUAUUUCUAUAGGAACUUAGCAAAUAGCAGAUUUAUCUGUGGAAGGACCGGAGCUCUACAGAGCUAUGGUUCAUCUAAUUUGUUUAUCGUUUUGGGGCUACUUCUUGUGUUCUUUCGACUGUUUCUCCUACUCUCAGAAUACAAGUCAAUUUGGCACAUCGCAAAGCAACUCCAAGCGAACCCAAAGGCCAUACAUUUGAGCGGAAUGGCUGAAUACACAUCGGAAAUUUUAAAUUUAUACUUUAUGCACUUUAGACAAAUUUUAAAAUUUAAAAGAAAAUUUAAAUCGGUUCCAAUUCCCAGAAUACAUAUGCCACUUUCACUUAAUUCCAAUUCAGUUAAACUGAUAUCUGCCACAGAAAACUCAGCUAGUAGUCCAAAAAAAUCUAAAACAGAGAAAAACACCGAGGAUGAAGAUUAUUCAAUAAAUUUUAGCUUCGAUUGCACCAAGACUACGUUUGUGAGUGCCCACUGGGGAGUUCCAGUUGACAUUGUUUGCUCUGCUAUUGUUCCAAGGAUUCCCAAGAAGGACACUUUCGGACUCUCCAUUCUCAACGACACAGUCCUAAACAAGGCAAAAAAAAUGCUUAGAAGACUUUUAAUACCCUUCUAUAACGAACAAUGCGAGUUGUUACUAGAUCAGCCUGUAGACGUUUUCGACUCUUACAAGGUUUCUGGAGACAUCUCAUUGCUCUGUAACGAGGAGAAUUUUUGUUCAUCUGACCCAAUUUGCUUCAAUUCAGGAAGUAAAAUUGAGUGCUCAAUUAAACCAUGGAAAAAGUUUGUAGAAGUUGAUGGUAAGCUCAUUCCUAUAUGGAAAUGCUUAACAUCUCAUGAAGAGUUGUUUCAGAACCGGGUUCCUUUGGUUAUUGUCCUAUACACUCCAAGGACUCAGGAACCUAGAGUUUUUGCUGAGGGUGAUGUCGAAAGUCAUCAGGGGUAUGCUGAGAUAACUAUAGUCAGGUUCAAGAAACCCACUGAUUUGAUAAUUCCAUUUGUUAAGAGCCCUAAGAUAUCCCCCAAGGUGGUAAAGCAGGUGGUUUUCUGCGGCGAAUACAUUAGUCCGCAGGAACCCAGAGAUAUGUUCGGCAUGGGUGACGUCAAGGACAAGGAGUGUCUUAUUUGCAUUGCAAAUGACAUGGACACUGUUCUUUUACCUUGUGGCCACGGGUCCUUUUGUUCCCGGUGCCUUUACAGUCUCCGCAACGACAAGUGCCCAGUAUGCCGCAGGAACUUUUAUUCAUACGUCAAGUUCCCUCUUAAGGCCCGCGCUUAA